GGUGUAUAAACGAUAAGAAGCGGAUGGAAAUGGAUUACAAGCAAAACACUGUUGAAGAAGAAGUGGAAACCGUUGAAAAUGAUCGCAAAAUUAAUAAAAUGCACACCAAAUGGAUGUUGAAUUGUCUGAUUAAAAAAGUGGACACAGACUUCGAGCAGAUCCUUCCCAAUGAGAUUCUCAUUAAAAUAUUUGAUUACAUUUUGGUCGACGACCACAAUAGGACGCAAUCCAUCAUUAAUCUGUCUCAGGUGUGCGAGAGUUGGCGUAAACUCAUAAUAAGGACACCAAUGAUAUGGAAUAGUCUUGAUUUGCAAACCAUAACUGAUGUGAAUUUGAACGAAUUCUUUGAGAUGAUGGCCGCGAAUCAGCUGUUCCUAUGCAUGAAAGGCCUGAAUCUGAGCGGUUGGAACGGAGCGAAUGCCGAACGAGUUCUGGACACCGUUGCCACCAAUUGUCGCGACAAUCUGCACGAGUUGUCACUCAAGAACUGCAAAAACAUUUCCUCACAAUUUCUGCAGACAUUAAGCACUUAUUGCCCUAAUAUUGUUGUUCUGGACAUCUCUUCGAUUACGUAUUUCCGUUUACUCGGUGUUUAUAUACGACAAAUACGAAACCCACGAAAGGCGACAUCUCAUCAGAACAGCCAAAGCCCUUUCGCUGCGCCUGUCUUUCGGCCGUAUCUCGAAAAGUGUGGCAAUAAUUUGAUUUCAUUAAACAUG